GUUGUUGAUGUGUGUGCGUGUGACGCGACUACGCGAGUGAACGUCGUGUUUUACGCAUUCGCACUUGCACUGUGACAGUAGUAGGUACCGCGUUAUUAUUAUUAUUAUUAUUAUCCCUCGUCCGUGUGUGUUUGUAUGCUAGUGUGAGUGUAUGUGUACGUGUGUUCAGUGUUGUGACUUGUGUUGUGUUGCUUGUUCUCCGAUCACCGUUUAAGAUCGCCAAAAAGAGUUCGCGUUUUAUUUACGACGGUCACAAGAAACGUUAUUUAUUUUUUUUCAAAUCGCCCGCUUCCCGAGAUCAGAAAAGCGCCCGUCUACCCGUGUGAAGUGUGAAUCUGUCAUUGAGCCUUUUGAUCCAUCAACUUCUUAGUGUCGCGCACACUCGUUCUCCCGCCGUCGUCUCACUCUUGGACGCGUGCUUUAUAUACCCAUCAUCCCUCUAACAGCCGUCGUCCAGUACGUGGUUCGCCGGCUCGCGUGUGUCGACAUAGUAUAAUAAUCGCCACGACGGACACUGACACCGGCAUGGAGAAGAGAAUUGAACUGGAGAAACGCGGCCGAAACCCCGAAGAGAUAGAUCAAUUAAUCUUGGAUGAUUGUCGUAGCACUGCAAUAGUUGGUCUUACAGAUGAAUAUGUUGGUUUACGCAGUCUUAGCAUAAUCAAUGUUGGUUUAACAAGCUUAAAAGGUUUUCCAGCAUUGCCUUCACUCGUCUUUCUGGAUCUCAGUGAAAAUAGAAUUUCUAAUAGUCUUCAGAACCUCAGUGGUUGUACUAAUCUCAAAUCAUUGAAUCUCAGUCAAAAUAAGUUGAAAGAUAUUGAAUCAAUUGAUCCAUUGAAAUCUCUAGAACGUCUUAAGUAUUUGGAUUUAUCUAAUAAUGAAGUAACUAAAGAAGAAGGGUACAAAGAAUAUGUAAUAGAAUAUUUUUCCAAGACCAUCAAAUUAUUAGAUGGAGAUGCAUUUUUCAAUGGCAAACAUGAAUCUGCCAAUGACAGUGAUGAAGAUGGAGAAGAUGGUUCAGAAUCAGAAGCUGAAGAAGAAGGUGAAGGUGAUGACGACGAUGAUGACGAUGAUGAUGAUGAUGAUGAUGAUGAUGAUGAUGACGACGAUGAAGAUGAUGCUGAUAAUGAUGAAGUUGAAAAAGGAAAUGCUUAUAGUGAUGAUCAAUCAUCUGAUGAAGAAUAUGAGAAUGGUGAAGGAGGCUUGGAAGACUUGCUAAAAGACAAUAUUGAUGAAGAAAGCGAAGGAAAUGAUUAUGUAUUAGAUGAGGAAGAUGGUGUAGAUCAAGAUUCUACUGAUGAAAGUGAUGAUGACGCAGUUGAAGCUGAUGAUACUUCUGCCAAUGAUUCACAAGAUACCAGAGGGAAAAAACGAAAACUCGAUGAUUAACUUAUUAAAAGUUUUUAAUUACUGUUACGUAAAGUGGAACAAAUUGUAUGUAAAUGUCCCACACUUAUUUUUAAGUAUCAACUUAAAACCUUUUUAUUAUUUUAUUUGUAAAUUGAUUGUUUUAAUAGACAUAUUUUCAUGUUGUACCAUGCAAAUCAUUUAAUUUUUUUUGAACUUAAUAAUGUUAUUAUACCAUUCUAUUUUUUUUUCGACUAUGACUUUGGACUUACCAAGUGAAAGUUUUUUUUUUAAUUACUUGGGUUGGCAUUUUUUACUUCAAAAUUGUUUAAAGAAUAUAUUUUAAUCGUAUUUUUGAACAUCCGUGGAAUAUGUUUAUACAACUUGAUGUCC